AUGCUGUGUGUUGGUUUCAUUGGUGUCAUUUGUUCCCCUCCACCUCUUCCAGGCAUAGCUGGUUGCGUCUCACGAACAUCUACCGCCCCAUUGGAUCGUGUCAAGGUCAUAUGGCAGGCGCGCGGCGGAAAGGCGGCCUCGACGGGUUUAAUUGGCUCCUUCAAAACAAUGCUUCGUGAGGGCGGCUACGCCUCCAUGUGGAGGGGAAAUGGCGUCAACUGCAUCAAAAUCGCGCCCGAGUCAGCCAUCAAAUUUCAGGCAUACGAGUUCUUCAAGAAGCUCAUCCGGGGCGAUCGUCAGGAUCAGACUGUGGCCUUACAGGAGAAGUUUCUAGCCGGCGCUAUGGCCGGUGCCACCGCACAGACUCUCAUCUAUCCAAUGGAGGUUCGUGCGUUGCUAUUUGCAAUCUUUUUUAUUGACUUUGUGAUGAUGCAAUUAGUCAAGAGGGAUACAGCGACUACGGAGGAAAGCUAA